CGCUAGGGAGCAGGGCUGGCUCCCGAAGCCGCUCGGUGAUUGGCGCUGUCCGAGCAACCGCGGGGCCUCGGUAGUCAACUAGCAGAGCGACCAGUUCUGGGAUCACAAGAGAAAUCGAGCGGCUGAAGGCCUUGGCGUCGAGUGCGGACUCUUCGCGCGCCGUGGGGCACUGCUUAUCACCCAGAGGGAUGCGUCCCUCCCCCACCCUCCCCGGUCUGAGGGCCGGAGGAGGCUGGGCCAGAGGCUGCUGAACAGGACCCGCCUGUCUUUCACCUGGCAGAAGCCUAGUAAGUGCGGGAUGCCUUCCUCUCCACCGCGGACCCUCCAAGGCACCGAGAGCAAUCUUGGAAAUAGUUUUCAAGCUGGACUGCCCCCACUUGUAGUUGUGGAAACUGGCCAGAAAAGCGCAGCGACUUGACCCGACUCACUUAACUGUUUGGAGGUCCCAGUGACUUACUUCCUAACUCAGAGAUGGAGAUAUCAGGCUCAUCUUCUACCACUUCUGAGCAGCAGCUUCGAAGACGAGAGGGACUGAACAACACCAAAACAGAUGUGGCCAAGCAGAGUCUCAUCUCAUCUGAGCAAUGGCUCCAACUGCAUGGGCUAAAGAGCAACAAAUUGACCUUGAAACAGAUUUUGUCACAAAUUGGAUUUCCACACUGUGAAGAUUAUGUGGCUUCUCUAGGGAGAUUUGUGGCUUCCCGGUAUGCUGAUGGCCUGUUUCCACAGGUCUGCAGAGCAGAAGAUGGUACGGCAUACAACCUGACAGCCAAAUCAGAACUGAUCUAUCAGUUUGUGGAACAUUUAACACAAGCUGUGAAGAGCUAUAAGCAGCGGAUGGACUGGCUCACCAGCAGAAGCCAGCAGAUUUUUGGUGUCAUCUUGGAACAGUGCAUCACCAUUGUGCUGGAUUUUGGUGGCAUGCAGGAGGGGGAGCUUAAUCUCUGCCAACACGCUCUAAAAAUGGUCCUCCAGGAGCAGGUGGCUCACACAGCCAAGUUCAAUAUCAUAUGGGCCUCUCAAGAGCCUGUGAAAUGGCAGGAAAAUACUGCUCCGGUGAUGGAACAAUCCAUAGCUGCUGCCAUCAGUUGGGUUGAGAAACUGACCUAUGAGCAGGCUCUAAGCCCGACUAGCCGCCUGGAUGCUCUGCUGGAAGCUGGGAAAGACAAAACUACUGAAUCCAUUUACUACUUUGUGGUGGGGGACAUUCCUGAGGAAUCCAAGCAGCUUCUCCUCCAGAGGUCUUUGGAGAUCCCAUGUCCUGUCUGCACCGUGUCCUUCAAUGCCAGAGGAGAAGACACUAUAGCUUUUUUAAAGAAUCUGAGUGUCAGGACCCACGGCAGGUUCCAUGCGUUUGCAGAGAGAACAGAGUGUGUGGAAUUUCCUGCAUUCUCCCUAAAAGAUGGUGACAGUGUAGUGACUUGGAAUUCAAGGAAACUGAAAGGAAAACUCCCUCCAGGAGCUGAGGUCCGAGAGGACGUGUUUCUCAUUUGGAGGGAGAUGGAGGAAGCCUGCAGUACGCUGGCCCAGAUCCAGAGGCUGGUGGCCGAGCCUUCCAAGUCUGAUGUGGCCACUAUAGACUGUGAAUCAGGAACCUCCAUUGGAAAUGAAUCAAAUCCAGAAGACAUCUGGGACUCUAAGAAGUGGCUGCAGAAAUAUGGCUUAAAAGCCCAAAAUCUGUCAUUUUAUGAUGUCCUUGCUGACUGCUCCUUCCGCCAUGCUGAUGGAGUUGUUGAUAUAAAAGCCAAGCCUGAGAACGAGUACAUACAGACCAGUGCGGAGACCAACAAGAAGAUAGUCCAUGCGAAAUACUGUAGCAGAUUUGUCCAUGUGCCCUGGAAGGAUGGGAGCUUGGUCCACGUCUGCAUUACCAAGGAGAAGUGCACAUGGUACAGUGAGAGAAUUCAUGCAGUCCUGGCUCAGAUCCAGCAGAGGAUUAAGUGGCUACAAGAUGGAAGUCAAAUCCUUUUUGGGAAAGUGUCUAAUGAUUGCAUCUACAUCCUCAUUGAUACAUCUCACUCAAUGAAGGGCAAACUGGACUUGGUGAAGGACAAGAUCAUCCAGUUUAUACAGGAACAGCUGAAAUUUAAAAGGAAAUUCAAUUUUGUGCAGUUUGCCACUCAAGCAGUUGCUUGGCAGGAAAAACUUGUUGAAAUCAAUGAAGACAAUUUGAAAGGGGCUCAGUCCUGGGUUAGAGACAUGAAGACUGGGAGUUCCACAAACACUCUGAGUGCCCUGCAAAUUGCUUUUGCUGAUAAGGAAACACAAGCAAUCUACCUUUUGACAGAUGGGAGACCUGAUCAGCCACCCGAAAUGGUUAUAGACCAAGUCAAAGUGUUUCAGAAAAUUCCUAUUUAUACCAUCUCCUUCAAUUACAAUGACAAGAUUGCAAAUGACUUUUUGAAAGAACUUGCUUCUUUGACUGGAGGAGAGUUCCAUUCUUACGGAUUUGGCUUCAAGGAUCCCUGUCCUUCAGAGGCUGUUCAGAAUGAAGAUCUCACUCUUUUAAUUAAGGAAAUGGAACAAGGACACAGUGAUCUGGAGAAAAUGCAAAACCUUUAUUCUGAGUCCUUGAUCAUGGACUGGUGGUACAACGGUGAAAAGGAAGGAGACAAGCAUCAAAAAGAAAUCUGUUCCUUGGUUUCACCUCCAGAAAAAUGUGCAGAUCCUCACUCUGAUGUUGAAGCAUCACAGGUGUCUUCCCUAAAAAUGUCAAAAGUACCAGGGGACCUUUCCAAUGAAAAGAUUCAGAAAAAGAAAGUUCUCCAUGCAGAAUCAACCAAAACCAGCCUGCUCAGAAGCCAGAUGUCCACCCUCAAGAGCUCAGCUUGCAGCAAAAAGGAUGACUUUUCCAAUUCCAGCAACUGGGACACUCCACGUGACAGAGAAAUGAGCAUCCUGCUGACAAAUGAGUAUCCAGAUGACAAAUCAUUAGAAAGAUUGACUCCAGAAGGAAGCCAAGUUUAUGACCAAAAUUCUUCAGGAAUGCCUUCAGCAAACUGGCUCAAGACCCAUGGCUUGGUUGCCAGGAAACUCACCAUCAUGGAUGCCUUGUCAGUGACAGCUGUCCCUCACAGCGCCACCUACAUUCCCAUUCUGGACAAGUAUGUUGUUUCCAAGGUCUUUGAUGAGGUGUUCCCUCUGGCCCACGUGUGCAACGACACAAACAGGAUGACAUUAAUUAACCCCCAAGGAGUCAAGCUCAAUAUCUACAAGCAAAAUGUGGAACAGGCAAUUAAGUCCUAUGAAAAGCGAUUGAAUAAAAUUGUUUGGCGAGCAUUAUCUCAAGAGGAAAAAGAAAAGCUAGAUGCAAACAAACCAAUUCGGUACUUGGAAAACAAGGCAGCUUUAAAUGAGGCACUGGAACGGUUGAACUGGCCCAUUUCAUUGAAAGAGCUGUCGCUGCUGGAAAAUGAAAUCCUCGCUGGGAAAAUGUACGUCCAGCAGGCUAUGGAGCUCCAGGAAGCUGCCAGGAAGGAGAAUUAUGUGAGCAGGGCACUAGCAGAGCAACAGAAAUUUCAAGGAAAUUCAACAAAGAAAAUCAAAUCCAAAAAACUGGAUCACCUCAAAGGCCAGAAAGUUAUCGCAAGAUGUGAUGAAAAUGGCUUUUAUUUCCCAGGCAUUGUGAAGAAGUGCAUAAGCCCCACCCAUGCACUGGUGGGCUUCAGGUACGGAGACACCAAGGUUGUGCCCAUUUCCUUCAUCACGCCUGUGGGGGGCGCCAUGCCCUGCCCGCUGCUCCAGGUUGGAGACUAUGUAUUUGCCAAAAUUGUGAUCCCCAACGGAUUUGACUUCUACGUCCCUGCCAUUGUCAUAGCAGUUCCAAAUCCAGAUGUGGCCGAAGACAAAUUCUACACAGUUUUGAAGAGUAACAACCGGAGAGAAUUUUGCCCUCGGAGUGCACUUAUUAAAAUCAGCCAAAACAAGUAUGCUCUUUCCUGCUCCCACAUAAAGUCACCCCCAGUUCAGGAGGAUCCAAAAGUGGAGAAUGUGGACAUGAGGAACUCAACAUUCCUUAUUAGGCCAACCAAGGAAGCUGGCGCCACAGAUUUACGAGAGCUGAGACAGGAGAACCCUAGAAGAAAGAAAAAGAAGCCUGCCAAGAGGCUGCCUCUCCUGGAAGUGGCGUCCUCAGACUCAGAGGACCCUUUUCAUGGCAACAGGUCCCAAGAGUCCUUCCCCAAGAGACACACCAAGGUGGGAGGGGGGACGACAUUGUUUAUCUCUGGAACACCCUGAAAUCUCUCUCAAGAGUAGUGCACGUGAGAUCACUCCCCAGUUUCUGGGCCAGUUUUGGUCCCAGUGCAGCAAAAACUCUAAUAUCUUAAGUAAUACUGACAUCCACUUCCCCUGAAAAGUUCCCCAGCCCAGGGUUUAGGAGUCAGCCAGCCUCACCAUUGCUGCCACACCUCCACCUGAGCAGCUCUGUCUGCACUCCUAGAACCACCCACAGCAGCAAAAGGCCGGGACCGUCACCGAGAAACCUUAAAGCAGUGUAGUAGCAGCUAUGUUUAAGAGAGUCUGCAUUCCUCCAGGUAUUCCCAGACCUCAGCCCCUUGACACAGUGGACCUAGCCCCUAUGCAAGGUAAGGAUGCCCUCCUCCAUGCCACCCCUGCUGUCCCUGUUUGUAACAAAGGUAGACUUCCCUGCCAUCCCCUACCACCUGUGUGAGCUUAUUGUUUGGCUUUUCUAUUUUUUAUCCUGUUCUUUUCCCUGGCCUCACAAAACUGUACUCAGUUUUCUGGUAGACUCUCUGUGCCUAGAGUUUAAUCUGAUGGAUUACUAUCAUAGGAUUUUCAAAUUUUUGGAAGUUAAUUAUAAUCCAAGCCUGAAGUCUUGUUUUAAGUGGAUUUUCUCAUAUGAAUUAGAGAUUUUAUUAUUUAGUGUUAAGACUGAAAUUAAGACCUAGUAACUUGUAUGAGAGCUGCAACACUGAACAUUCCCUAUUUAUUGCUUUCUGGAGAUUUGUAUCCCUCCCUAAUUAUUUUUGUCUGUAGUCUGUUGUAGGUACCUCUAAUUGAGUGUGGAACCAGA